AAUUAAUGAGAUAAUUUAUAUCAAAAAAUCCAGCAACAAAAUAGGUAUUAGGAGAAUUUAAGUUUCUAAGUGAUCAAGAAUUAAAUCACAUAAUACAAUAAUCAAAAGAAGGAUUUUAAAUCAACAAAAAUAGUUCAUUUUAAAUAAAAUCAGAGAAAUUAUUGAAGUUGGCAGAUUUAUUAGGUUAGAAUUAAGAAAAAUAUUCCAAAUUGAUAUCUUAUGAAAUAGGGAAACCAAUAUAAUAAUCAAUGGCUGAAGUAAAGAAAUCAUAAAAUUAUUGUAAAUACUAUGCUGAAAAUAUAAAUAAAUAUUUAUAGCCUUAAAGAGUUAAAACAGAGGCAAAGAAUAGUUAUGUACAAUAUUCACCAAUAGGUACAAUCUAUUCAAUAUCUCCAUUUAAUUUUCCAUUUUGGUUAUGUAAUAAAAAAUGUUAAAUUUAGGUUUUAAGCCAAUUAUACCUAUGCUAGUAAUUGGUAAUGCAGUAAUUCAUAGACCAUCUGAUUCUACUGGUCUCUGUGGUUUAGCUCUUUAGGAGCUUUUUACAUCUGCAGGAUUUGAUGGAAAUGUUUUUUAGAAUGCAUUUACAACUCCUUAAUAAUUAGAAUAAGUGAUGGCACAUCCUUAAAUAUAAGGUGUAUCAUUUACUGGUUCUACAGCUGCAGGUUCAAUAAUAGGAGCUACUGCUGGUAAAUAUUUAAAAAGAAGUGUUUUGGAAUUGGGAGGAUCUGAUCCAUUUUGUGUAUUAUAAAAUGCAAAUGUUGAUUUGGCAGUUCAAUUAGCUCUUAAAUCAAGAGUAGCUAAUUGUGGAUAAGUAUGUUUUUCAGCAAAAAGAUUCAUAAUUCAUUCUCAAUAUUAUGAUAUAUUUAAAGAAAAAUUAGUGAAUGCUUUGGAGAAAUUGAAAAUUGGUGAUCCUUUACAAGAAAAUACAGAUUUAGGUCCAAUGGCUAGAGAAGAUUUAAUUAUAAAUAUUUUAAAUUAGAUAAAGAAGGGAGUGGAUGGAGGUGCAAAAAUAGUUUAUGGAGGUAAUAGAUUAAAGGAUAAUGAGAAUUUUAUGAUGCCAACAGUAAUUGAAAUAGAUGAAUAGAAUAUAUUAGCAAAAGAAGAAACAUUUGGUCCAUUAUUUAGUUUAAUAAAAGCUAAUAGUAAUGAUGAAAUUUUAAGGAUUGCAAAUAAUACAUCUUAUGGAUUAGGUGCAGUAGUUAUCAGUAAUGAUAAGAAAGAGAUUGAAUAAUUUGUUAAUCAUUUAGAAGCAGGAAUGGUAUUUGUAAAUGAAAUAGUCAAAUCAGAUUAAAGAUUACCAUCUGGAGGAAUAAAAGGAUCUGGAUAUGGAAGAGAAUGUGGUGAAUGGGGAAUUUAGAACUUUGCUAAUAUUAAGACAGUUUGGAUUGAAUGAAAAUUAUUCACAU